AACCACAAAUGUGGCCGACUUCUUCAGCCGACUUCGUGUGAGUGUAAGAAUUACUGCUUCCUAUUGUGUUUUAAAAAUUGCAGAACAGUGGCUACAGCAUCUCGCAAGAGGUUAACGUGAAGUGACAGUACAUGAUAAUUGUAUGAAAUAAACAAUUUUUAGAGCGUGAAUGCUAUUAAAAUUUCUAUCAAAAUGGAUCCAGCUUUACUCAGAGAACGAGAGCUCUUCAAAAAACGUGCUCUAACCACACCAGCAGUUGAGAAGAAGAAGCAGGAGAAAGAAACCACAAAGGAUGAACCGUCAAAGAAAAAUGAACCGCCAAAGAAGAAACCGAAACUAUCAUCCAUAUCUGCGGGUCCUAAGUUGGAUAUGGUCAACUUUAAGACCAUGACUGGUAGUACGCAAUACAAGUUUGGUGUAUUAGCAAAGAUAGUGAAGCACAUGAAAGCAAGGCAUCAAGAAGGAGAUGAUCAUCCAUUAAUGUUGGAAGAGAUUUUAGAUGAAACAAAUCAAUUAGAUGUCGGAUCAAAAGUCAAACAAUGGCUGCAAACUGAAGCUUUGGUAAAAAAUCCUAAGAUUGAAGUAACAUCUGAUGGUAGAUUUGCCUUUAAACCUAUGUAUAAAAUAAAAGAUAAGAAAUCCUUAUUGAGGCUUUUAAAACAACAUGAUUUAAAGGGUCUUGGUGGUAUAUUAUUAGAAGAUAUACAGGAAAGUUUACCGCACUGUGAUAAACAUUUAAAGAGUUUACAUAAUGAAAUUUUAUAUAUUACGCGGCCGCUUGAUAAGAAAAAGAUCCUUUUUUAUAAUGACAAAACAGCACAGUUUCCUAUAGAUGAAGAAUUCCAGAAAUUAUGGAGAGCUGUUGCAGUAGAUGCCAUGGAUGAUCAGAAAAUAGACGAAUAUCUUGAAAAACAAGGAAUUAGAUCGAUGCAAGAUCAUGGACUCAAAAAACCAGCACCAAUCAAACGAAAGAAGCCUAUUAAUAGAAGAAAACAAUUUAAGAAACCAAGAGAUAAUGAACAUUUAGCAGAUGUUUUGGAAACAUAUGAUGAUUAAAGAUGAGUAUUCUAUUUCAAUGCAAAUAAAAUUAAACAAUAUUAAAUUUAUCUUAAAAUAA